UCAAUGUUUUAUGUUCCUUAUUAUUUUCAGUUUUUCAGGUUUCAAAAUCAAAAAGGUUGGCUUACAAACAAAUAUCAUAAUUUCCUGAAGGAAAGGAAGCUCCUCUAAUUUAUUUACUCUAUAACGCAUUGAAAGUUAAGGCCUUUAAUGUGUGUAAAUUUCGAUAAAAGCAAUAAAAACCCUCUAAAAGCUUAAGAACCUGAAUGUUCUCACCUAAAUUUAGUCCCAAAUUAAAAUUUUUAGCAAAAUCUUGGGUACUAGUCAGAUACGCCAUCUAAGAGCCCUGUAUAAGUAACAUAAAUUUCAAUAACUUAUUUAUUAUGACUACAGAUACUUUCCAAAUAAAAGUUCUCUUUCCUGGUUUCUCCGUCCUUAAAGAUAAUAUAAUGGAGGCAAACUGCAGCUGUACAUUAAUAAAAGGCCCCAUAAAUUGCAUAAUUGAUACAAUGACAUCCUGGGAUGGUCCCAAACUUGUAGAGGCUUUAAAAGAAAAUUGCCUCUCUCCCAGUGAUAUAAAUUAUGUAAUCUGUACUCAUGGACAUUCAGACCACAUAGGCUGCAACUAUCUAUUUAGAAAUGCAAUUCACAUUGUUGGCUUUAGUAUAUCACAAAGGGACAAAUACUUCUUAUCAACAGAUUUUAGCCAAGGGGAUGAAUAUAAAAUUUUUGAGGGAUGCUCAGUGGUGCCUACGCCAGGACAUACUUUGCAAGAUGUGACUGUAAUAUUUAAAAAUGACAAGGGGGUUUAUGCUAUUACGGGAGAUUUGUUUGAAAAAGAAGAAGAUUUAAGUGAUGAGUCCAUCUGGAUUUCAGCAGGUUCUGAUAGUGAGGAGUUACAGAGAAAAAAUAGGCAAAAAAUACUUGAAAUUGCAGAUUUUAUUGUUCCGGGACAUGGUUCUAUGUUUCGGGUUCCUGAUCAUCAAAAAAUACCUAAGAAAUAAAUAAUAAUUUUAAGAGC